AUGUCUCGUCCUCCUCUUCUCACAUCACCUCUUCCAGCCCUUUCACCCCCAAUACAUCCCUCAAAAGGAAGCCUUAAGGAUGAACUAGAGUGGAAAAGGAUAUUAUGGCGUCAACAACCUUUUCCUGAUAAUCACGUUCCGCCUGACUUCCUGGCUGAAUUAGAUGACUUGCCGCCUCGACCCGUACCUCAACUUAUUCCGCUUCUUUUCGCUGCUCUACCGAUCUCCCUUCACCUCUCUGUUAUAGCGUUGUUUCUGGCUAUCUUCUAUGCAUUGCUAGAAGGCAAUGUCACUCCCGAAGAAGUGAUCUGGAAAUGUGUCACGUUCGGUCUUGGCGGUUGGGCGAUACAUAGAUGGGGUUGGGGCGUUCAUCGACAACAUGUCAAAGAAGGCUCUAUCAUACCUGCACCCACCCCUCUUCGAGCAUUGAUACUUCCUCCUCUCCUACUAAGUCUUCUCAGCCCAGUGCUGGGUACGCUUACAUCAGCCACCACGAGCGAUAGUAUCUGGCCCUUGGCGGGUGGACUAGGUUUUGUUCAUCUUCUCCUCGCUGAUUUCAGGACAGGAGAAGAUCAACGACUUAAGCGGAAAAGAGAAAAAGCACAAAGAAUGAAUUUGACUCAUAAGAGAAGAGGAAGUAUCGGUGUGAUAGAAAUGGAAGAAGGCGAAGAGAAAAGCUUGACAUCUUCCCUUUCUCUCACUUCCGCUCUUUCAGCUUCAGUAGUGCUCGCUUCCAGACUACCUUCUACCUCUCAUGUGUUCUCUUUGGUCCUGCUUGCCGUACUCUUGUUUGCAGGAUGGCCACCAAUAGCCAAGGGAGUGAGGGAAUCAGGUAAAGCCUUCUCUCUGGUGUUGACAACGUCAAUGGCCACUUUAGCAAUUUCACUCUUCCCCCCUGGACCGAGUCCAACGUCACCAAUCUUCACCUUAAAAGGGAUUGACGUGAUUCCAACAACGCCUACAAUCAUCUUCCUCAUCUCGCUCAGUCUAGUAAAUAUCAUCGGACCGCUGAUGCUGAUUUACGCUUGGCGAUGGAAGACUAGACGAGGUGGUGGUUGGGAUAUCGCUGUAGUAAAACUUCGAAAUCGUGCCAGUAGGCCACCGGGAUAA